GGUCAGCGUGGGAGCUCCUGUCAUUCUGCGAUUUCCUAGAGAAGUAGCAACAUGGAAUUCUUUAAAAAACUUAUGCGCCUGUGCGGUGUUGGCAAGCCCAACAUGGAUCCGAUUGCAUUUCUGCCUGCAGAAAUGGUCCAAUCUAUUUUUAGGUAUCUUGAUCCGCGAUCUCUUUUAAACGCGGCUCAAGUAUCCCGGGGAUGGCAUCGUGUGUGCCAAAGUGACCCUUGUUUAAGGGCCACCGGCAGACGCCAUCUCCGGAUAAAGAGGAGGCUUGUUUAUGACCUUCCUAAAGAGCCUAGGAAGGCAAUAAAGAUAAUUAGGAAGCCUCCUCAGAAGGUGUCUCAGCCAGUUGUGUUCACAUAUGGACCUGCUGGUGUCUCGGUGGGACCUACGAAAUUUGAGCGUGGGGGACGACCUUUUAAGCCACUGCCAAGUGCAAUGAAGAAAAUGUUACUUAGGUAUUAGGUAUAAUAGAGAUCAGUGAGGUGGUAGCUUAUUAGUGUUUAAGUGUUUUGCUGGCCAAUAGGUAAGAUAGGUUAAUAGAUUUAAUAUAUAGUAGCAAUAAAAUAUAUUGAAGUGAUAUGAUAGUGUUAAGAAUGUUGAAAUAACAGGAAUGAUAAUCUCAGUGUAGGUGAAAUAUCAAAUAUUUGUUAUAUAGGUUUUUUAUAAUGUAUCGCGAUACGUAACGUGUAACAAAUUGUAAUCUGUUAUGUCAUAAGGGGUUACAUUAGGACCAAAUAAAGUACUGAAUAGAUUUAAUGUAUGAAAUAGUAAAUUAAUAAGCUGUACAUUUAAUAAAAUAAAAUUAUUCAGAAAAUUAAAAGUGAAUCGUUUUUGACUUUGUCAAUUGUUGCAAUUAUCCCUUCAGCUUUCGUUUAUUGUCUUUCGUUUAUGUCAUUUUCCUUUACAUUAAUGACCGGAAAAUGUUAAUUAAGACAAUGAUCCAGGAUCAUUCAAGUCAAUUGUGAAUUGACGUUCUG